AUGAAGAAUCUUAGUGAUGAAGAUAGUAUCUGCAGUGAAAUAGAACGAGCUGAUGAGAUGGAUUUAGUCCUUCUUCCACCACGUGAUGAUGUGCCUUGUGACAAUGAAAGGCUUGUUAGUUUCUGUGACACUGGUAAAGGAGUUCUUUUGCAACCAACAGAAGUACAAGCCACUUCAGAAGGAAACAGAAAUGAUGUUAUUGUUCAGCCUGUGAGAGAAUGCAACAGUGCAGCCAAGAACACACCAGAACUACCAAAGAAAUAUAAAACAAUACCAAGGAAGUGCAUAUUAAAGGAACUGAAAACCAUGACUGUUGGCAGUCAAGUGAGGUCAGCAGAGAAGCUGGUGCUGCUGCUCGUGGGAAUGCAGCUGUGCGGCGGGCAGGCCUACCGCCAGCAGUACGCGAGGCGCUACAGACAGGCCGUGUACCACACCCCAGCUGCCGGCUUUCACAGCGCGCCCAGCCUGCCCCCCUUCCUUCACGGACAGUACCUCAGAUCUGGUGCUCAUUUUGUGCCCAUCAGAGGAUUACAUAAGAGAUUAGCACUGAGUUCCCACACUGCAUUGGGAAACGGGAAGCACGAUAAUAUUGCACCCAGCCCUGAAGUGUCACCUCUGCAAAGUGGUUUCCAUGUAAAACCUUUAGAUGCCCACGCCAUGAGCUCACAAGGAGGCGCGAGCCCUGAGACACUCCACGUUCCAGCAAGUGGUUUGGUUGGCUAUGAUGUUGGAAAUACUCAGGAGGCAUACAGUAGCAGCCUAAACCAGAUGCAACUGCCUGGUUCUGGCGAUUUUCAUUACGGAAGUGGCGCUCCCAUUUUUGGAAAUCUAGGUUACCAUCCAGGUUUCGGAGCGGAUAAUGAAGAAAAAUCUGUCGGCAGAGUUACAAUGCAGGUUUACCGUGGCCCUACGAUGAAAGCUGGCCACAGUCACUUUGCACCCUGGGGCUACUACGUGUGGCAGCCAAGUGGUACUGAAACUGCGCACAAUGCCUUUGACCAUAUUUAAAUUGUGUGUGUGAGCGUGUG